AAAUGGCCAGUUGUAUAGGGACGAUGGAACAAUUGAUGUUCCUGUAAGGAGAUCUUCCACUCGACCUGCAACAAUAUAUGGAUGCACUCGGAGAAGCUCGAAGUGAUGAAAUGAUGAGGAAAAAACCCCACCCAUAUCCUCUAAUAGAGUUUUCAGCCCAGAAGGGGCAUUAACCACAUUAUGCUCUUGGCGAGUCCCGACAACAUCUUCCGCUGGAGGAGCCAGUGAGAAAGGAUACGUAAGAUCUUUCUCUUAGAAUGUGAAAAACAGCCUGCUUUCGGUGCAACUCUCUUACCUUGAGACCAUUUAGAAGCUCCUGCCCCAGUCCAUCUCAAGCAAACACACAAAAGGAAUAAUGUGUACCCCUGUGGUGCCUCCACAGGAUAAUGCUCACUCUUCGGACCACCAACCAGCCCAUCCCCGAGUCGACAAAAGACAAAGCCUACUGAAAAUAGUGAAAUUAUCACUUGACUACAAAUGUGCCUAAUUCUUUUCAGCUAGAAGCUUUUAGAUAUCCGAUAAGCAGCAGAAUUUCACAAGCCUCAUUCUCUAUAAAGGAACGAGAAUGGUACCUAUGAGGAAGUAUGUCUACUAUAUGAAACUUUAAAGAUAAUCAUAGCUUAAUAACCAGUUUAUAUCUUAUUACGAAGAGAGUGUCUAUUUUCUGAUUUGAUACGAUUCGUGGAUUCGAUUCUCUCUCUACUUGACAUUAGUUAUUUUCUACGCCAAAACCAGUUGCCGGCUCAAUGAACCCCAGGCUUUCUUUGAGUGCGUGCGAAAACAGGUUUCGAAUCAGAGGCAGAACCUCUAACAUCUCUGGAAUUAUGUAAUAUUCAGUGGCUCUUCAGUGUUGGGUCAAGUGGUAGAUUCAGUCGGCAUAUAAUCGCUCCGGGAUGAUGUUACCCCUGCUGUUGGUGGGCGCCCUGUGGCAGGGCCUUUUCCUUGCCUGUGAAGCCGAGUUCUACUCCUCCGUGCACACGAUGACCAAGGUAUUUGGAUACGAGCAGAAAAUGCUGCAGCACAUGCAGAAGUUCGUAGCCGAUAAUCAGAGCAAAUUGGAUUUCCUGAGAGCGCGGCUGCGAGAGUUCGAGCAGGAGCGCACCGAGGCGCAACACUGGGGCACGGCAUACUUCGACAGUCCGCUGAACCAAUAUUUGCUCAGCAAGCGACUGACGGUGGACUGGCGGCGGGUGGAGAACCUCAUGGAUGCCGACACGGGCGAGAAGCCCUUGGAGCGGCUGCUGAAGCUACGACAGCGUCCGUCCAUGCCCGAUGCCAGCGAACUGGAGGGCGCCAUCGAUGGCCUGCUCCGGCUGAAGUACGUCUACAGGCUGGAGGCCAAGCACCUGGCCAAAGGCAUUUUGGAUGGAGUGAACCAUGGCACACAGCUGAACUCCGAGCACUGCGUGGACAUUGCCCGAUUGGCAUUGAGGGAUCAGCAUCCGCGACUCGCGCACGCCUGGCUAUUGGAGGCGAAAGAUCGCGUGUUCCAGGACCCAAAACUCCAUCCGCAAAUUCUGGCUCUGCUCGUGCAGGCCAAGGCGGAGUUGGGCGACUUCCGGGGAGUAAAUGACACCUACCAGGAGCUCUUGAGGCUCCAUCCAGCCAGCGAGGAGCAUGCCAGAAACUACGAGGAAUUCAUGCGGAACCAUGCAGUGAAAGCUGGCUUGUAUGAAUCCAAAACCAUAGAAGAGCAUGCCCCCAUACCCGAGGAUCCCUCGCAACUGGACGAGUUCGAGGCCUACCGUUUGACGUGCAGCGGCCACAGCAGGCUCACAGCCAGAGAGGAACGGCAUUUGCGUUGCGGGUACAUGACCGAGACGCAUCCCUUCCUCUUGUUGGCGCCCCUCAAGGCUGAGGAGUUGAGCCACGACCCCCUGCUAGUGCUCUACCAUGACGUGAUCUACCAGAGCGAGAUCGACGCCAUCAGGCAUCUGACAACCAACAGGAUGGCCCGCGCAAUGGUCACACUCACCAACCAGUCGACGGUGUCCAAUGUGCGCACCAGCCAGAUAACCUUCAUCGCCAAAACAGAGCACCAGGUGCUGCAGACCAUUGACCGCCGAGUGGCAGACAUGACCAACCUGAACAUGGACUAUGCGGAGGAUCAUCAGUUCGCCAACUAUGGCAUCGGUGGGCACUACGGUCAGCACAUGGACUGGUUUACCGAGACUUCCUUCGAUAAUGGUUUGGUUUCCUCCACCGAGAUGGGCAACCGCAUUGCAACGGUCCUCUUCUACCUCUCGGAUGUGGCUCAGGGCGGCGGCACUGCCUUUCCCUAUCUGAAGCAGCACCUGCGUCCCAAGAAAUAUGCAGCCGCCUUCUGGCAUAAUCUGCAUGCAGCGGGCAGAGGUGAUGCCCGCACGCAGCACGGUGCCUGCCCCAUCAUCGCUGGAUCUAAAUGGGUCCUAAAUCGCUGGAUUCGGGAGUUUGUGCAGUCGGAUCGACGUCCCUGUCUGCUGUGGGAUGACUCUCUUGCCACUUAUGCUCAGAUUAUGGAGCUGGCCAAAAACCAGGAGACGAAGAAGGAAGCAUCAAGCUGAGGGCCAGUCCAACCACCAAGUCAAGCUUUAAGGAAUGAGAUUCUAGUUUAUUCGAAAUUUAUAUGGAAAUAAAGAUAUUAAUAAGUGAUGAA